AUGGGCUCUCCCACUGAUCUUCACAUGGAAGCUGUCAAACGCAUUCUUCGAUACCUCAAGGGCACUCUUGGUCAUGGUUUACCUUUCCAUCGGUCCCCCAAUUCCACCAUUCUUGUUGCCUAUUCGGAUGCUGACUGGGCAGGUUGCCCCGAUACACGUCGCUCGACAACUAGCUAUUACAUGUUCUUAUGGUCAAAUUUAAUUUCAUGGAGUGCUAAGAAACAACGUACGGUCUCACGCUCUAGUGCCGAGGCAGAACACCGUGCCCUCACCUAUGCAUGUGCUAACACCAUUUGGAUACAGUGUCUCCUUCAAGAACUACAAUUCCCGCUCCGCCAGCCAGUUCUCCUCAAUUGUGACAAUCUCUCUGAGACAUACAUGGCUGCCAAUCCUGUUUUCCAUGCCCGCAUGAAACAUGUUGCUCUUGAUUAUUGA